UGGGCUUGCAAUCCACGAAAGCAUACCGGGGCCCCUCUCUCUCUCUCUCUCUCUCUCUCUCUCCUCUAAGAAGUUCGAAGACAGAUAGGAGAGGGAGGGAGGAAGGAAGGAACGUCCGUCUUGGUUGCGGAUUCACAAACGUUUUCCAUGCGUACUUCUGUAUCUUUAUCUGUAUAUAAUUAAUCCACACAUACAUAUCCUCGUAAUUAGCUCGAUACUGUUCUUCAAUCGAAAGUCGAAACUCAAUUCAAUUCCGAAAUCAAUUCGUCCAAAUUUGGGGCCGUCCUUUUUGGAGCAAAAUCGAAAAGGUCCGAUCAUCGAUGUCGUACGCUUACCUCUUCAAGUACAUCAUCAUCGGAGAUACCGGAAUUGGAAAGUCAUGUCUUCUUCUGCAGUUUACUGAUAAGAGGUUUCAGCCAGUGCAUGACCUAACCAUUGGGGUUGAGUUUGGGGCCAGAAUGGUCACAAUUGACAACAAACCAAUAAAACUGCAGAUUUGGGACACGGCCGGUCAAGAAUCAUUCAGGUCCAUUACUAGGUCAUACUACAGAGGCGCAGCUGGUGCACUACUAGUUUAUGAUAUCACCAGGAGAGAAACUUUUAAUCACCUUGCAAGCUGGUUGGAGGAUGCAAGGCAGCACUCACAUGCGAACAUGAGUAUCAUGCUUAUUGGAAACAAGUGUGAUCUUGCUCAUAGAAGGGCUGUAAGCACAGAGGAAGGUGAGCAGUUUGCCAAGGAAAAUGGCUUGAUCUUCAUGGAGGCUUCUGCAAAAACUGCUCAGAACGUCGAGGAGGCAUUUAUAAGCACAGCCCAAACAAUCUACAAGAAGAUUCAUGAUGGAGUAUUUGACGUGUCCAAUGAGUCUUAUGGGAUAAAAGUUGGAUACGGUGGUAUUCCGGGGCCAUCAGGAGGUAGAGAUGCCUCUGCUUCUCAAGCCGGGAGCUGUUGCAGUUGAAAUUGGAACAAGCACCUCAAAACCAUUCACGUUCUUUUGCUUGUUUGUUUUUGCAUUUAUAUUAAUGCCGUAAAUAUCCUGUGUGCCUCUCUCUUCCCCUUUAUUUUUUCCUGAUUGUGUAAAGUUGACAGCUACUAUUGAAUUUUCAUUAUCAUAGGUAGCUGAAAAAGUAAAUUAUUCAUUCGGUUAUUGCAAAAGGCGGCUGCAUCACAGUGCUGUGUAAGGUUGACAGCUAGUGCAAUCCUGAUUACUGCUUGGAUAAUUAUGUGUGGAUUAAAAUUAUGUAAUUGAUCAAAAAAUGUUAUUCAGAGGCUUUUAUUCA